AUGAAGAAGAAUUACGGCCCAAGACAGGGGAAAGGAAACCAAGGAAAUAGCAAACCACCAUUGACACACUUCUUAUGCGUUCCUCUUAUCAACCAAACAUCUAUAUCUCAGCUGGCGGACUCCCUGGCGGAAUUCAAAUCAUUGAUUCCACUCGUCCCUCCCCCCGGUCCAGCGGCAGGGCAUGUCCCAGAUACACCGCUGGUUCCGUAUGGAGCACUUCGGCCGCUGGGAACGCUGCAUUUUACCCUGGGCGUUAUGAGCCUGACCACGCAAGAACGUCUAGACGACGCCUUAGCUUUUCUCCAGUCUCUUGAUCUCGCUUCGAUAAUGCAAGAGGCUACGCUUGAAGUAAAGUCACGCCAGACUUCCCUUCAAGGAUAUGACUUGGGUGAGACUAGCUUGACGGAGCCCCUAACUAUCGACUUGGUCUCGCUGCAUGCUCUUCCAAGAGCCCGAUCUGCUACAAUUCUCCAUGCUUCACCACUGGAUAUCACAGGCCGCUUAUACCCAUUCUGUGUGAAGCUGCGUGAAAAGUUCAUGGACGCUGGCUUUAUGCACCGUGAUAUGAUGCGGGUUAAUCCUCCUAAUAAAGGGGCUGCCAGUAUAGAAAGUAGCAGAAACGGUGAAGGUUCGAGGGGUGAUGAUACCAAUAGCCGACAAGAGGAUGACACAGCUGGGAACAGGGGGCUAUCCAACGCUCAAAACCCGAAUGCAACUGCCCAGACGGAAAGGCCGCGUCCUCUACUUCUCCAUGCAACCAUUGCAAAUACCAUCUAUCUUGGGAAACGAAGGAGUCCUCCACAAAAAGGUAAUAAGGGGGAGAGAGACAAGGGGAAAUCAGUUUUCACCUUUGAUGCAACCGAGUUACUAGAGAUGUUUGGGGGUAAUCAACACCACCAGCAGUCCCGGCCUCAUGGAAAGGCCGUUUCAAGGAAUAUGAAGGAUAAAGAGCCCCAAACAGCCAAUGAGCCGUUCAAAUGGGCCCAAAAUAUUCCGAUAAACCGGCUGUGUAUCUGCGAGAUGGGCGCAAAGCCAGUACCCAACGAGGCAAACUAUGGUCCAGUACUCGGGCAAGAAUAUAAAAUAAUUGGAGAACGGAGUCUAAGCUUCUCUUCGAAAUGA